AUGGAACGCCCCACCGCCGCCGAGCUCCUGGGCUUCGGCGGCUCCACAGUGCGCGCGGUGCGCGCACUGCGGGGCAGCUCUGCAUCGCCCAAAGCGAAGGAGCCGAACGAGGCCAAGGUUCCCUGGAGAUCGCACUGGAACGCCAAAGCAGAGAGCGAGAAGCGCUAUGUGCGCUCCACUGGGUCUGGAAAGUUAGGCACUGCUCCCAUCUCGGAGGUGUGGCGAAGCGAGGCUCUUCCGCACCGUUCCCGGAGCAGUGGCCGGUCCCGCAGGACUUCCCCGCUGCGCGCGCAGGACAAGGUGCCCCUGGCGCCGGACCGCGAUCGGGAGGUUCUAAGCCUACCAGUGCUGGCAGACUUGCUGUUGGAUGCUGCGAAAAAAGGCGACACCUUGCAGGUGGAGGGCAUUUUCGACCACGCCGACUUCGAAGACCAAAGCGUCCGUGCCCUGCUGGCCGCCCGGGAUGUCGACGACCAGACGCCGCUGCACCGUGCGGCACGGCAUGGGCACCUGGAGGUGUGUGACUUGCUGUUGAGGAGGCGAGCAGAUGUGCUGGCCACUGAAGGCCAUGGUGCUUCACCUUUGAUGUUGAGCAGCCUCAAUGGACAUGAGGAGGUGGCGCGCUUGCUUUUGCAGCACAAAGCUCAAGGCCGUCAAAGUGACAUGAAGGGUCGGCCAGCAGCGCGCGUGCUGAGGCCUCUUGCAGCUCCUUGCGGAUUGUGCAGCUCUUGUUGA